AUUUUUUUUUUAUUUUUUUUUUGGGUGGAGGGGAGGAAAAUAUCGGGCGCGAAAACAACCCCCCCAUCACUCUGCUUCAUAACACCAACGCCCCGGCGGAACACACAUAUUCCCCAACCGCCACCUCUACAACCGUUCUGAAUAGCGACAGUUAGCAUAUGGCAUCACGAGUUAUGCACCUCGGGCCUUUUUUUUGGGUACUUGAACAUUUGACGAGGGCUUGCCUUAAGCGAGCCAUGCGGGCUUUCGCCGAUACACAGAGCGCUACCUGGAAUUCAUGUUAUGGCAUCGACAGGAUGCUCAAGCUCUGGACUCUGGGCUACGGAGGGGAUGACCGACGGGCAGGAUUCCAAGGGGAGGCGAUGGAUUGUGCGGUUGGAUGGAACUUUGUCAUGAUAACAAGCGGCCCGUUGAACUGACACACCUGGCUCCAGCGCUAGCUGUAGAUAGAAGAAAGACGGCUUUUCGCCUUGGAUUC